UAGGGGGAUUUCCGCGAUACCACCUUAACAAACUCGCAGUGACUAAAUCCAGAACUGUCCUCAUGGCAGCAAAUUACACACUGGCCCUGGACUGCGAUACGAAACAUCUGGCAGCUGUGCGUCUGCACACAGCGGCGGCGUAUUAAAGAAGCCGGCGGCGCAGCUGAGAGGCCAGACGCUGGUUCGAGCCGCGACCCGCCAGGACGAUGAACUCCCCAGCGCUCCUGCUACUGUGGGCACUGCCGCUGCUGGCCCCGGCGCUGGGCCAGCCCAACUUCAUCCCGGACGAGCCCUGGGUCAACACGUACCGGCAGGGCUUCAACUUCCAGUGCGCGCACGGAGAGGCGCUGGUGGCCAUCCGGAGCUACUUCAGCGCGGAGGAGGGAUCGGACCGGCUGUGGACCUUCGAGUGCCAGCCCACCCCCCAGGGCCUGGGGCUGCCCACCGAGUGCUGGUGGGACGAUAUCAACCGCGCCGGGAUGGAAUGGACUUCAACAUGCACUAACAACGGGCUGGUGGCUGGGGUUCAGAGCCAGUACUUCAACUCAGUGCUGGACCGGGAGUGGCAGUUCUACUGCUGCCGAUACAGCCGCAGGUGUCCCUACUCCUGCUGGAAGACUAUGGAUGUUCCCCAGUACUACAGGGAAGAGGGGGAGAUGGUCAUCCCCAGCUAUGGCUACUUCAUCAGAGGGGCACAGACCACCUUCAGCGGAGUGCUCAGGGAUCGACAGUGGAAGUACAUCUUAUGCAGGAUGACAGACUUCGACUGCGAAUUUGUAAACCACUAAGGCCCAUGUAUGGAUUUGUAAGAUCACUCAUAGCUUAGCAGUAACGAUGGUUUGUGUGUGCAUGCAAAAAUGUGUCUAUACAUCUGUCUUUGUCCUUAAUUUACUUUUAACCUCAGCUUAGUGUUUUAUGUUCCAUGAGCUACACCAUUAAUGGGCAACUUAAUUGUCUGUCUUACUUUUCUGCAGUUUUAUCAGUCUGGCAGUGCUUAAUCAGUGCUCAUAUCGAUCAGUGAUUCUCAGUACUUGAAGCGAUAUCUUCUUCUACCAUUACAUUACGGGCUUUUAGCAAACACUUGUAUUUAGAGCAACUUAUACAAUUUAAAUUAGUAACCAUUUAAAAUAGCUGGAUAUGCACUGAAUCAAUUCAGGUGAAGUACCUUGCUCAAAAGUACAACGGCAGUGCCCUACCCGGUAAUCAAACCUGCAACCUGAUAGUAACCCCAUGUACUCUCAACAGAGGCAGGCUUCAUUUGGAUCCAUUAUUGAAAAGAUCAUAGUGAAAUUUUUCCAGGGCAAUAUAAAAAUUUUUUUUUAGAUCAUAUGGAUAGAUUCAUACUACAUUACUACACUGUGCAAUACCUCUUCACAUAGGUUCACAUAAGGAAACAGGCUGUUAUUGUAGUUUCAAAUUAGAAUUCCCCUAUCAGAUAUACAUAAAACCAGAAAAAUACUGAAUCUGAAUCAUAAAGGUUGAAAAGGCUCAUAACUUAGCUGAAAGUAAUAUAUCAAAGAAGUCACAGGAGAAGAGCUGAGAUGAUUGAGAGAGACUCCCGCAGGAACAGCAAAAGUAAGACCAGCUGCUCAGGAUACAGUGAGAUGACUUGCAUAAUGCAAAAGCCUUCAAAGUCUUAAACUGCAAAAUGUGCUUAAGGUGCUUUCUCUGAUUCAAGAACUGAAAGCAAGGCUUGCGUUAAUCCGUCUGUAAAUCAGAAAAGCUUUUUAGCUUGGUCCAAUGUGUAGCAUCAAUGCACUUAUGGGCAUUUAUU